AUGGCACCAGCUCGAGAUUCCAUUGGACUUCAUCGUGGAAUUAUUGAACCUUCUUCCUCCUUACCUCCAUCUUCUAAUGAUGAUUUAUCUGAACUUUUCUUGGACCCUAUGUUGGGCACUCCUUUGGCCAUGUAUGUUGAAAAGGACGUCCAGGAGAGAGAUGUCAUUAUCGGCUUGAUUACGAAGCACGGCGGAAGCGUCUCUCAUGGGUACAGCGGAGUGCCAUACAUACUGGUCGAUCCUCUCAAACCCUCUGGUCAAAACCUUUAUCGCCAGUAUGCUUCAAAAAAGGGAAAGAUCAUACUCAACUUUCGCUGGGUCCAUGAAUGUAUCAAAGCACGCCAGCUUCAAACAUUUCAAACUAAUUGGGCUGGAUGCAAAGUUACUGGAAAGGAAGCAGCUUUACUCACACCAUCAGAUAUUCUGUCCCAACCUCCUGCGACUGUCACUAAUCCGGAUUCUCCUCGUCGGAGAGACAGGCAAACGGUCCAAAUAGAGGAAGCUCGUCAGAUCGCUCCACCUCCACCUCCACCUGCCCCUAUCCCUUCUCAGAUCCUUCACCCUUCUCUCCAUGUAGAUUCACUUGUACACGCUCAAAAUCACUUCCCAUAUUCAAUUUAUACAGCAUCUCCCGCACAAUCUUUACAUUCCCAGCGACCAUUACAAACACCACCACCUCAAACUUGGCAAGCUACCGGUAUCGCACCUCACCAGACGCAUGCAGCUACCCCCUCACAGCUUUUGGAUCGUCCACCAUAUAGAGAAAACGCUUGGGGCGAGUACAAUCAACAUCCUCAUGCCGAAACUGUGAAUCCUGCUGCGUAUGAUUACCGCUACCGAGACCCAUCGCCUUGGGCAUCUACAGCGUACUACGACACUCCAGCGGUUCCAUAUGACCAAACGUAUGAUCAAAAUGAUUACGCCCAGGAUCCAAGGUCUGAUCCUCCAGAGCCUACCACAGAAGAAAUCGAAUAUCCCGAGAAGACUAGAGGACGCAAACGCAUUCGUGCUUCGGCAAUACCGGCAACACCAGCUUCUGCACUGGUGGUAAAUCGCAAUCCUCCCGCUCGAUCACCAACGCCACCAACGCGGACUGUGAAGAGUACCUAUGGAGGCAACCUCUUCACUGCAGACGAUGUAUUCUACUUAAAAAAGUACAUAGAUUACUGCCAGGAUCAAGGACUGGUGCUCAGCUUGCGCGAAAUAUGUGAAAGAAUCGCUGUCAAGAAAGACUCAAGAUUCUAUUCGUGGCGCCGAUAUUGCAACAAGCAUCAAAUACGAUUAGGUGGAUAUGCAAUGAACGCGGACAGGUCACAGACGCCUCCCGCUCAACGAGAGACGGCAGGCGGAGAAGAGCUUACGACGCGAGCUGGGCCUGGCCCAGGAACAAUCGCUGCUGCACAACGGAGGUUGCAAGCAGAAGCUUCCUCUAGUCUACCCCGCUCUCGGUCCCCUACUCCUCCAAGAGCACUGUUCCGUAGUACGACGGGCAAAGGUGUAGCUUUUACGGAUGAAGACGUGACGUUUCUCAUGCGGUACAUGGAAUAUCGUAAAUCAGAAGGAAGUUUGGAUAUGGUGGCGUUUUGGAAGGACGUGGCGACCAAAGCACCUCAUCAUUCGCGCGCUUCAUGGAUGAAAUUUUGGCGACGACAUAAGCAUGAGCUUCAGCAUUCACAGAAUGAUGACCCUCUUCCUGUCCCGCCAGACAAAAAGUUGCGAUAUAGCCGGAGUGAUGAUGUUCUCCUGGCUAAGCACUUUUGUAAUAAGCCAGAUGGUACCUCGGAUAAGAUAUUCCAAGCUUUUGCUCGAGUGCACCCUCACCAUCCUUGGAAAGGCUGGCAAGAGCAUCAUCGGAUACACAAAGCCAAGAUUGACCAUUUCAUUGAGAGGCUCAAGAACAGUGAGAAUAUCGAUGAAGAAGACGACACCGCGGCAUAG